AUGUGUGGUAUGUCUGUGAUUUUGGAUGAUGGUGGAGGCGAUGAAGACUUUGAUGUGGGUGAUGGGAUACGGAUGCUGCCGCCUCCUCCAGCGCAGUGUGAUGAGGGCGUUUGGGGGGCCCGGCGGGGUCGCUGUGGGUGUGUUUUUUGGGCGCUGGUUCUGCUGCUGUGGAACGUGAUGUUGGCGCUGGUGUGUGUGGGCCUGAUGGUUCUGGUGUUCACUCUCGUACUGCUGCCCACCGCUCUGCUGCUGUACGCCGGCUUCCUGUGCCACUCGCGGGUUCUGGCUUCGGCGGCUCUUCUCUGCCGUUACCUUGACGAUAACAGUUGCUCUGCCCUUAUCAUUCUGGGCUUUGUUAUGAUGUCACCAUUAGUUGUGGUAGCUGCAGCGAUAUUCUGCGCUCUUCUCAGGAGACUCCACCUCCUUUUAUAUUUUCAGCCAAUCAGAGGAGCUUGGUACAGAGGGCGGGGCCUGUGCUGGAGGUGGGACAUCCAUGCUUGGGUUUGA